UUUCCUGCCCCUGCGUCCCUCCCUUUAAUCCUGUGUAAUUCUUUUGUCUUCUGAUGCGGAGUUCUUUUCUCCUUUGAACUUCCCAUCUACCGCUGCGUUUUGAUCUUUUCACCACCUCAGAGAGGCAUCUUUCUCUCUCUAUAUAUAUGUUCUCUCUCUUUGCAGAACCUCAACGCAGCAGAUUCGUGAUCCCGCGAGAGUUUGGUAGGUUCCGACAGCCGGGAGAUGGGUCGGGCGACGUGGUGGCUGCGGAGCCUCUGGGGAGGCAGUAAGGAGAACAAGGAGACGAAGGGCAGCCCCGGCUGCGGCGGCGAGGAGAGGACAGAGAAGAAAAGAUGGAGCUUUAGGAGGUCGCGGGACUCCGGCGAUGUUGCGUCGGGCCAGAAUGCUUCGAUGGCGGCAUGGUUGAGGUCCUAUGAGCAGAGCGGGGAGGAGCAGAGCAAGCACGCCAUCGCCGUGGCGGCCGCGACCGCUGCUGCGGCCGAUGCAGCGGUUGCAGCGGCGCGGGCUGCGGUGGCCAUGGUGCGUCUCACCAGCCGGGGGAGCGCCACCACCUCGUUCGGCUCCGCUCGGUUGGCGGCGGUCAAGAUCCAAACAGUAUUCAGGGGAUACCUGGCAAGGAAAGCACUGCGAGCUCUCAAGGGGUUAGUCAAAUUGCAAGCCUUGGUUAGAGGCUAUCUUGUUCGUAAGCAAGCCGCUGCAUCUCUUCACAGCGUUCAAGCUCUCGCCAGAUCUCAGGCCACUGUUCGAGCGCCAAGAUCUCGAGAUCUUCUCCCAGAUGACAGAUGCUUUCCACCGGCUGAAUUCCGCCGUCGAAGAUCCUCGGAAAGGAUCAAUGAUACCCGAGGCGAGCAGUUGAGGCUCUCGACCAGCCUUGACACUGCCACCCUCAGCAGAAGCCCAAAGAUCGUCGAGAUCGAUACAUGCCAUCCAAAGUUGAGAUCUUUCUGUCGAGCUGCUACUUCCUGUGCUACCGAUCCGACGGAUGACUUGCCUCUGCACGCAUCCUCCUCUCCAAUCGCAUGCCAAAUUCCAGCACGAAUCUCUGUCCCCAGCCGCCGGAACUUCCAAGAGAAUAACGACUGGUGCGUCAACGGCGAGCAAUGCCGGCUCUCAGCCACCGCGCACAGCACACCCAGAUACAUGACCGCACCCGGUUUCGACGAGGCUGCCACUCCGGCGAAGAGCGUGCGCGGUGGCGAGGGAGGUCUUCGGCAGUAUGCGAACGUAUCAGACUCUCCCAAGUACAUGGCAAGCACGCAGUCAUCCAAGGCAAAGCUGAGGCACCUCAGUGCACUGAAGCACCUGCCAGAUCCAAGGACGAGAAAGAGACAGCCUCUGGGCGAGGUAAACGUGGAGGUCAAGGCUAAUUUGGGUGGAGUUGGAAUGCAGAAAUCCUGCCCUCAAGCCCAAGAGGCAUUUAGCUUUAAGAGAGCAGUGGUCGAAAGGCUCGACAGGUCCUCGGAGCCACGGAAGGAAACAGAGAAGGAAAUCUACUUGCAGAGACUGUGGUGAUGCAAGGGAGUCUGUAAGGUCAAUAAGAGGAAGGCUAGAGAUGACCUUAUCUUCUUCCUCUGCCUGUGUUCUCUUUUCCUGUUUGUGCGAACACUUUGGAUGAGAUUGUUCAUAGAAUGUCAUGAUUAUUUCUACGUCAAGAAAAUUAUUAUUCUUGUUCUUGCU